AGAGAGAGAGAGAGAGAGAGAGGAAAAAGAAGAUUCGCGACGGUCUAUUUUGAGUUCUCACACCCCUGGUUCUUGGAAGUGCUGUGCUGUGUUGCGCUGUGGGUGUCAUGGAUACAUGGGUUACUUACAGCGACAGUGGGGAAUACGUGAGGCUUGUACACCUACACAGCAUGGUUUGGGCUGUGAACAGCAGCUGUAGCGUAGUUGAGGGACAUGUCAGCCUCGCUCAAGCCAAGGAUACUUACGGUGAUGCUCAGGCUGGGUUGCUGGAUACGGAGAUUGAAGCGGGCUUGUUGCUUCGGCGCUUGGGCGGCGGUGUAAAAGACUGGACGGCGAAGAUGGACGCCUGAGGCGAGUAGACGGCGACGUUGAGAUGGAGAACUGGGGAGAUGGAUGGCGGGUGAUAGGAAGAAACGACGUGUAUAAAAGAUGGAGUGAGUCGCUGCUGUGUUGAAAGUAUCAGCAUCAGCAUCAGUAUCUCAGCAUCC